UUUAUUAGACAAAAAAAACUGUAUAACUGUGUAGUAAUAAAUGUCUUGUUUUACUUCAUCAUUGGUAAUCAGCAAAAGAUAUUGUUCAUUAUUAUUGGCAACGGUUGGCGCAGCAAACUAUUGGCAUCAACGACAACAACAACACCAACAACAAACUGGACACAAAUCCAGACAUCAGUGUUUAUCGUUGUUGUCGUCACCAUUGAGAUUAUGGUCAACCAUUGAAUCGCCGAAAGCGGUGGUACUACUCCGUGAUGCACUACUGGCCAAUGGCGAUCCCGAGCCGUUUGCUACUACCGGCGACUGGUUUGCACCGUUUGUAACCAUUAGACCCCUACCACUGCAUACCGAUGCCAACAACCAACCGGCCAAUUAUAAGUGUACAUUCUUUAAGUGUUCGGGCAUUAUCUACAAUGAAAGCGGUUUGAUAAUCACUGCUAAUACUAAUCUGGAAAUAACUAAUAAAACAAUGGUUUGUAUGUCAAAUGGCCAGGAAGUAGAGGCAGAGAUAGUCUACAGGGAUAGCAAUCUGAAUCUGUGUGCACUGAAAAUCCAAAAUUCCGAUCCGAAUACAAAGUGGCCAAACAUAUCCAAUCGAUGGACACAAUUACCGAUGGAAACAGUCGGCACAGUUGUCUAUACAGUAGACACGUCGUCUAAAUCGGACGGUAUUGGCCAGAAUCGACAGGUGACCGAAGGUAUUGUUGCUGCCGUUCGGCCGAUUCCAAUACUGCUCAACGGCGGAAACAUUGAUAUCAAUUAUUUACAAUACACUGCCUAUGCCUACAGUUCUGGUUGUCCAGUUGUCGACAGUGAUGGCAAUCUUGUAGGCCUAACCACCAAUAUGGCCGAACCAAACUGUUCCCUGUGUUUGAAUAGAACUUACAUUGAUUAUUUUGCUAACCAAACCAUUGACUUUGAAAUGAGAUCCUAUGGUUUUGUAAUUUGCUGGUAUGACCACACAAAUCAACAGUAUUACAACAAUCUGGGUAUACCUGUCGAUAGACUGGCCAACUAUAGCGGUAUUAUGAUUGUUAACGUUGUCGGUGAACUCGAGGGCUGGCAGUUGAAUACCUUACCAGCAAAUUCGGCCCUAUAUUUGGUACAACAAUACGAUAUUAUUACACAUAUUAAUCAUAUACGUGUUCAAUCGUUAGAUGAUCUGUAUCGGGCACUGGACUAUCACCCGUCAAUGACCAUCAAUGUCAACGAACCCAUUCUAGCCGAUCCACAAAAUUCACGGGUAUUAACCAAAGUUGCCUAUCUGGACAAAUAUUUAGUUUAA